UUUUGCGAAGCAAUGCGCAGUAGCUCAAAUUGACACAGAAAUGGCGCUCGCGUUUAACUAACAGUAACUUAAGAGUUAGGUACUAGCGAAUACGUACGGUAGACGCGACCCUUUUUGUAAAGUAUUAUUUACGUUUGUCCUUAGUUGGUUGUGAAGCUGAAAGGAUCCAGAAAGGAGCGGGUUGUGUAUGAGCGGACUGGAUUAUGACAGAAGAAGAGUCGCAACGGAUAGCAUUUGAUUUGCCAGCAGUAUUCUGAGACCUUCGCUACACAGUAAGCAUGCGUGACCUGACUGCUCAAGUCACCAGCUGCCUGCUGCGCUUCCCUGAGGUGACGGUGAACGCUCUGGGCGAGGACGAGAUUACACUGGACUCAGUGCUGCAUGGGAAGUUCACCCUUGGCCGCAGUGGUCUGGCCUGGCUCGCCUGUGGGCCCCAGCUGGAGGCUGUGCACGCUGUCACAGGAGAGCGUUUCUCCGCCUACCGUUUCAGCGGGCUGGGCGAGCACCCUCCCGCCGUACUGCUGGCGCGGGAUUUCAGCUGGCUGAAGAGGACGGGGCUGCUGGUGGGCCUCGAGGAGGCGGAGGGUAGUUUGCUGUGCCUGUACGACCUGAGCAUCUCACGGGUGGUCAAGGCGGUCGUCAUCCCUGGACGGAUCACUGGCAUUGAGCCGCUGGUUAGCUAUGGAGGGGCUAACGCGAGCACCCAGCAUCUUCACCAGAGUCUGCGCUGGUUCUUCGGUGUGGUGGUGGUGGUCACCGACGUCGGGCACGUGCUGCUUGUGGACCUGUGCCUGGACGAUCUGUCCUGCAGUCAGAGUGAGCUGGAAGCUUCUGAUCUGGAGGUGGUGAACAAGUCUCCCGUUGACAUCCCGCGCCUCCGGGAGAGCGUCACGCGUCAGGGCCGUCACCUGUGCCUGCAGCUCAGCAGCCCGACAGGAACAGGGGUCACCGCCCUGCAGUACAUCACGCGCACCAACCAGCUGGCUGUGGGCUACUCCGACGGCUACCUGCAGCUCUGGAACAUGAAGACCUUAAAGAAAGAAUAUCAUUCCCAGCUGGAGGGUGGCAGAGUGCCAGUGUACGCCUUCACCUUCCAGGAACCAGAGAAUGACCCCCGUAACUGCUGUUACCUUUGGGCUGUGCAGUCGGCUCAGGACCAUGAAGGGGAUGUGGUCAGCCUCCACUUGCUUCAGUUGGCAUUUGGGGAGAGGAAGUGCCUCGCUUUGGGAAAAAUAUUAUAUGAGGGCUUGGAGUACUGUGAGGAGCGCUACAGCCAGGACCUGAACGGCUCUGCCUUCCCACUGAGGGCCCAGGCUACCAACACCCGGCUGCUGGGCUGCCAGACCAUCGAGAAGUUCCGGCACCACUCCGACCGCGAUGACUCUGCCAACGAAGUUGCGUCUCCCGACAUCAGUGUGUCAAUAUUCAGCUGGCAAGUCAAGUCCUACGGGCAAGGCAAGCCCUCUACAUACAUUGGCGUCUUUGACAUCAACAGGUGGUACCAUGCCCAGAUGCCAGACUCUUUAAGAGCCGGUGAGUCUUUGCACAGCUGCCCGUAUUUGGCCGUGUGGUCUCUGGAUGCUGUGGUGGAGAUGACCGCUCCGAGCCCCCUGCUGGACAUCCUUGUGCACGAGCGCAGCCUGAGCCGGGGCUUGCCUUACACAUGCCCCCCACCUGAACAAUUUUUCAACCCAACCACCUACAAUUUUGAUGCCACUUGUUUACUUAACUCUGGAGUCGUGCACUUAACAUGUUCUGGCUACCAGAAAGAGACGCUGAGCUUCUUAAAGAAGUCGGCUCCCAACCUGAAGGAGGCCGUCCCGGACAGCUAUUCUCGCUGCUUGAUGUCCGGCCUGCUGUCCUCCCGUCUGGCUGAUGUUCAGCCUUCAAGCCUUUCUCAGGAAGAGCAGUUGGAUGCCAUUUUGUCGACCGCAGUGGAAACCAGCUCUCUGGGACUAAUCACUGGCUAUGUCAGACAGUGGAUGUCCGAGGAUCAGCCACAGGCUGCUGGUAAUCUGCGCUAUAUCCUGGAAUGGGCGUGGGGCAAGGUGGUCCACACCAAAGAGGAGCUGGACACCAUCUGCACACCUCUGUUUGACAGUUCUUCCAACUUCACGGACCCCCAGACCCUACAGUUGUUGCAACAUAGCCAGCGUCUGUUGGGCAACCUCAGUACCAUCUUCCAGUGUCUGCUCAGUGAAGCUCAGGGACUCACCCAGAAAGGUCUUGUGGGCCUCCUCAAUAAGAAGAUUGUGUCAAGCCUCAUAGCUCAGUAUGCUCAGGUUGUCCUCUGGUUUUGUCGGACUGGUCUCCUUCCAGAAGGAACUGAUGAUGGCGUGCUGCAGAUAUCAAGACCAUUUUACAAUUAUUCAAUAAUUAAGAACUACUACACUGGUCGCAGAGCGGAACUACAGCAUCUCUCUAAAGGGAAAUGGUGUUCUGACUGCCUCAUGAUUGACGGGUUGGUGGCCCAGUUCGGAGAGCGCCUCACUGAUCUUUGGAAGCGGGAUGAAGGGGGCACUGGCCAGUACCCACCCCCAACAUUACAUGCCUUGCUUGACAUUUAUCUUUCGGAAAGCGUAGACGAAACAGCCAAACAUGCCAUUGUUCUUUACUUGCUGCUGGAUGUCAUGUAUUCCUAUCCCAAUAAGAGUGGGGCAUCUGUGGAAUCCUUCCCCACAGCCUUUGCCAUCCCCAUUGGUCUGGUGAAGCUGGUUCAAGGCUUGUGGCUCCUGGAUCACCAUGACCAUGAGAACUCCCUGGAGCUGCUCCUGCACCCAUCCACUAGUCGCUCCCUGUGGCCCUGGCAGCACGAGCGCAUUCUGCAGGCGCUGAUGUGUCAGGGCCAGCACAGCGUCGCUCUGCGUUACCUGCACACAGUGAAGCCUCACUUGGCUUCUGCCGGCCAGUUGAAGCUCUGCCUUGCUGUUUUGCUUCAUAACAGGUGCACGGUGGAGGCCUGUGCCCUCCUGAGGCAACACUCUAACAAGCUGAAUGUGGAAGAAAUGUUCCGAUUCCUGUAUGAGACCUGCCAGGAUCUGGGUCUGAUGAAAGAGCUGCUCAAACUACCACUGGGCUUUUCAGAACAGGAGGCCCUGGAGAAGUUCCUGCGAGAUACUGGGGGGUCCCAGAAUAAGGAGCUGCUCGUUGUACACUAUCUCCAGCGAGCUAACUAUGUCCCUGCACUGCAGCUCAACCAGGCCUUGAAGAUGAACCUAGUUAAUGACAGAAAUCCAAAAAUGAAGGACCGGUCAAGCACUAGGAAUUCUAUUCUUGAACAGUAUGGGAAAGUUCUCCCGAAAGUGCAGCGGAAACUCGCCACCGAGAGAGUGAAGCCAUACCGUCGUCCUUCCACUGUGUUCCGGGAAGUUUCACGGCCCCAACCUUUGUCGACCGUGGCCAAGCAGCCUACGACGGAGAACGUGCUGACAAGAGCCGCCUUCAUCAGCAACGUCCUCACCAAGAUCGGGGAAGUUUGGGUGGGCAAGGACACCACUCCUGAAACCCCCCCGCAGAAAAGCCCCAGAGUACCGGAGUUACCUUUUCCAGCAACGCGCCCCUCCCUAGUGGACCUGCCUGAAGCCUUCAUAGGCACCCCAGUUGCUUUGGCUGCCAAGAGGAGAUCAAGGGCCCUCGAUCUUGUUUUGUAUCCAUCUACUCGUUCGAGCCCUGAAGGCGUUGGCCCGCAGCAUACCCCACUCAGGCAUCCAUCUGGAGGGCUAACAACCCCGUCCACUGGGAAAACCAGCUACCUCCAGAGCAUCGCCCAAGCACCUGAGCUCAGUCUUCUGCAGACGCCACAGGUGGUCAAGAGAGCCCGAUCGCUGGCCGCGUCUGGACCCAUGUUCUCAAGCUUUACGCCACAAUCCAUCCUGCGAAGCAGUUUGCGUCCUACCCCUGUGGCAUCCCCUUCUGCGUCCCCAGGUCGCUCAGCCAGCCCUCCACUACGCCCCAAAGAAUGCCGUAUCACCUUCAUCGAGGAAGCCCCUUCUCCUGAUUUAGCCAAGGUUUCUGCUCGCUUGAGUAGCACAACCAUGCAAGAUGGUGACAUCGGCCUGCCCUCUAGAUCAUCUGCACUAAAACCUGUGCUGGAACAGUGGGGUGCGCCUCCUUUAGAAGGGGAAGAGCAGGAGGAGCAACCUGUCCUCUCUUCAGCUAAGGAGCAGUCAAGUGGAGAGGGAGGCAAAGGUGGUUCUGUUAGGGAGGUCGUGGCUGGCAGAGUCAGUCUGGGAGGUGAGACAAGCCAGGCCUCCAUCCAGUCUGUAGACACUACACUGGAGUACCAUGAUGCACCACAGCCUGAGGACUUGAUAGUGGAGGAGCCACUGCAGGAGGAGGCUGAGGGGGAAGAUGUGAGGAGCUCCAAAUUUGACAUUCCAGCUGUAUCAGUCUCACCUUCACAAGAGACGAGUGAGGAAGGACCUGCAGCCGCUGCUAAACUUACCCCAGGAGUAGAAGAGCAAGAACUGGCAGAAGAUCAGGUCUCUUUUCCAGAAGUCCUGCCAAGGGAGGCUUUGAAACGGGAAGCACAUCAGGAACAAAUACCAGAACAGGAAGUGAUUGAAGUGCAGGACCAGGAACCACCAGAGGAGCCUGUGGUGCUGGAAUCUAGGGAGGAUGCUAGUCUAGAUGAGUUUGUGGAGCGCCAUUUAUUUGGUGAGGAUCAAUCCCCUACUUUAACACGCUUUGGUAUCAAGGAGACAUCUCAGGGAUGGACAUCCUGCUCCAGCAGUGAGUUCCGUAAUAAGGAAGAGUGGAACACAAGUCCAGUGCUGGCAAAAGAGCCAUCUGAGGCUUCUGCUUCACAUGGAAGCACCACUUCAGAGUCUCCUUCUGUCGUGAGUCUGAAUGAAAGUGAGGAGCUCUCCAGCACCUCUGAGGAGGAGGUCAAUGAUCCUGUGCAGGAAGAUUCUGGAAGUGAGGUGGAAAUCAUAGGGGAAGACAAAGGCAAUGGCAGCCAUCCAGAUCUGUUGAAUGCUGGCGUCGUCCUGGAACAACUUCACAGCUCUCAGUACCUUGAGCAACAAACCGUGGUUCUGUCAGUGCUUAAACCAGAAAUUCUGGAGAUUGAGGCUGGCGAGACAGAGGCAAUGCUCAUGCUCAACAUGAAGACAGCAGAUGAAGACGUGAGUGAACCAAUUUUCACAGAGCUGAAGCCGUCUACAACUCUGCUGAUUCCAAUGGAGCCGGACGAAGAGAAUCUGCGAAUUCGGGGGCCUUUAGAACUGGGGGAGGAUGUUGAAUCUGAGGUUCCACAUAUGGAGCCACUCGGCAACUUCACUCUGAUGCUGGAGGCAGAUGCAGAAGAAAGGGACAAUGAGCUGGCUAAGGCAGAGGUGGAUGCUGACGUCAUGAUAGUGGAGCAUUCUCUCUCGUUCGGUGGUAGUGAGCAACAUGACGUAGUCCACUUAGGCAAACAGCCAGGGCACAGUGGUGGAGAUGUGCCAGUGACCAUGGAUGUACACUUGCCUACAACUCUGCCAGAUGUGAUUGAACAACAAGUUGAUGAUGAUUCCACCAAAGGCUUAACUGAUGAACUUGAGGGAUCACAGCAAAAUGCCGUUAAGGCCUCCGAGGAACUGCCUUCAAUUUCCAUUGAGACGGGCGUUACUACAACAAUACCUGAACAUGUACUAGAAGCAGAGGUUGAAAAGCCAAAGAAAAUUCAAACUGAGGAGCCAGAUGUGGAGGGAGUGCCAGCCCAUGUUGACGAAAAGGCACUAGAAAGUGCUAAUGAUACAAAUGUUACGGAGCUUAAAUUAGCUCAGGUUGAAAAGACGAAGGCUGACAUUGCAGAAAAUGUUCAGGAGGUAACCAGUACUGCAGUUGCUAGUGAUUCAACUCAGGAGCUCAAAAAAUUGAAAAAGGAUCAAACACCACCAGUGGUAGAAAAGACAGGAUUUAUGAAUGAGGAACUGACUGCUGCCUCAGAGAGGCUAACCAGGCAAAGAAAAACAGUGAGUUUUCCUUCUCCCCUUGAAGAACCAGAAAAUGACGUGCAGUCACAGGAAAACGCUAUAGAACAAAUGGAUUCUCAAGUGCCCUUAACUCCAAGAAGGCGAACUCGGAGUGUUAAGCAUGGGCAAGAUUCAGAAGUUCCUCUUACACCAAGGAGAUCCUCAAGACUUGCGGAGAGCAGCCAGUUGCUGAAAGAGGAGGAAGUUUCAGUUGGUAUUGACAUUGCUAUCUCAGACACUGACAGCUCCAAGCCACAGACUCCACAGAAGGCUACUCCAAGGAAGGGUACCCGCAGAACCAGGAACACAAACGCGGCUGUGGAUGAAGACAUCAAGGUCAUGGAGGAACCAAGUGAAAAAGAAUCUGCAGAAUUGCCUGUGACACGUGCCCGCAGUGCCAGAAAAGCGAAGGCUCCCAAUGCUGAAGUACCUUUGACCAGCCUUGCUAAUCAAGAAGUGCCAGGUAAUCAGCCCCCAAAGACACCUAGCAGUCCAGGCAGAGUCAUGCGCAAAUCUCGAGGAAUCACUCUCGCCCUAGAGCUGUCUCAAGUGGAGCCACAAGAAGUCCCUUUAGUUAUGGUAAUGACCCCUAAACGGAGCACAAAGAAGACCAAAGAGGGACAUCUGGAGAACACAAAUGUCCCUCCUAUUGCUGAGGAGUUACCCCAAAUCAGAAGUUCUCGACGAUCAACAAGGAGCCAGCUGUGGAAUCACUUGGGUAGUUUGGAGGCCAAAAAAGAGCUCCCUCUUCUGGAGACGUCUCUGGAGGUUGAACCUGGAACACAACUGGCAGAAGCAGUUAUGGAGAGACUCAAAGACACCAAAGAAGGAUGGAAAGAGAUGGAUUCUCCAGCUAAAGUUACAGAAAUAGUUCGUUCCAAGCGGAGAGUUACAAAAGCGGUAAUUGAUCAGGUUCCCUCUCCUCCCUCCAAGACGCUAGAACCUGAUGACAAAAAGGUGGUGCAGAAAGAGACAGAAGUAACAGAGGUUAAGCCCAGUGAGAAACAGGUGCUGGAUAAAUCAAGGGCACGGAAGACAGGCAGAAGCACACGGCCAAGUACGAUUGCUGAACCUGAUUCUUCUCCAGUACGGCAUACAUUUAUCUUCUCGCCACCUCAGACCAGAGGAAGAACAAAAGGGAUAAAGGCUGAUUUCAACGAGCAGAAUGACACCCCCAUGCCGCAGUUUACCUUUUCCCCUCCAGCCACUCGAGCAAGGCGGCCAGCAAGCAGCACCGUACCUGGCCCUGCCACUCAGGGAAAGCACACAGAGGAUGCUGUUCCAAAAGUAGAGGUGAAAGAGGCUGAAGAUUCCAAGCCCAGGAAGAAGAGAACUACAAAGGUGAAGGCAGUAGCUGUGGCCCCCCUACCCGUAGAGAUAAAUUUGGUCUCCCCCAUGGCCAGCCCUGCAGAACCAGCUGCCCCUAGGUCAAAGAAAGGACAAGUGGCUGAAGGUGUCCCCCAGAGAAUGACCCUGCGGCGUAAACGCACGCUGGAGGUAGUCUUCCCAAAACCAGUCACACGAAGGAAGAUGUUCUGAUUGGCUGCAGCAGGCGCCCCAAGUGUCCGUUCCAGGACAGGACAUUGAGACAAUCGUCAUCGAGCUCCUGCCACAUUUUUUCCUUCUCUUUUUUGCCUGCGUUUUUUUCUUUGUAUUUAAACACAACCAGUGUUUUUAAAUUAAUAAACAUGUAAUCUGA